AUGGCGGGGGUGCUGGCUCAGGACCUCUGUGUCCACACCUGCGGAGAGUGCCAGAAGCAGAUGGAGACCCGCUGGCACUGCCCCCAGUGCACCUACGACCUUUGCAUCGGCUGCUACGCCGCCAAGGGCCACCCCCACGAGAUGGUGAAGGUGGGGCUGGGCCUGGAUGAUAGCGGCAACCAGGGGGAGCCGCAGUUCAGGAGCCUCCGGGAGUGGCGGCGCCACGCCAUCCAGCGCUGCAUCCAGUCCCUGCGGCACGCCCGCCAGUGCCGCAACGCCGGCUGCCCGCUGCCCACCUGCCUGAAGAUGAAGCGGGUCAUGGAGCACACCAAGGCCUGCCAGCGCAAGAACAACGGAGGCUGCGGCGUGUGCAAGCAGUUCAUCGCCCUGUGCUGCUACCACGCCAAGCACUGCCAGGAAAACCCGUGCCCCGUGCCCUACUGCCUCAACAUCAAGCAGAAGCUCCGCCAGCAGGAGAUCCAGUACCGCCGGCAGCACGCCUAG